AUGGGUGCCGCAGCUUACAUGGAUUUGAAGAAUGCUGUUGCACCUAAGCUACCGAAAGAGCUCAAGUUUGACGAAAUCACCAAAACACUGGAGAAGCUGUACGAACCAUCGACAACCAUCAGUAUGGAAAGGUUCAGGUUCAACAAUCUUUCACAGCAAGCCAACCAACGAGUCAUCGAAUUCGUGUCCGCGCUCAGGCGACAGGCAACCAAAUGCAGUUUUGGUGGCUUCUUGGAUGAGGCAUUAAGGGAUCGUUUCGUGUCAUCAACCCAGUCAGCGGCGCAGGCAGUGUGCUACUGUUGUGGGGAGGUAGGACACAUCCGCCCUGCGUGCAAGCACAAGAAUGAAACGUGUGAGGGAUGCGGCAAACGUGGUCACCUGCGACUCGUUUGCAGGACUACUCGGAAGAAGUCGGCGCCAAUAGACUCGAAUCGAGUAGUGAACAGUCACGUUUCUAAGAAUGUGAAAUACGUGGUCGAGAGUGAGAGUGACCUUGAAGAAUUGUACCACGUGCAUGGUGAUAAUGAGCCCUUGGUAAUAAACGUUACCUUAGAUGGUGCCCCUAUGUCAAUGGAAGUGGAUACUGGCUCAGCACGUUCGAUCAUUAGUGAAUCCACGUACCAAAGACUAUGGCCACGUGGUAAAGGUCCCGUGCUUCGCUCUUCAAAGGUGGUGUUGCGUACGUACACGGGUGAAAAGGUACGUCCUAAAGGUUCAGUUAAUGUGGAAGUGGUUCAGGGAGGAAAGAAAAGUAGCCUUCCCCUUGUUGUGGUACCAGGGAACGGCCCGGCCUUAGUGGGUCGUGAUUGGCUUCCUCACAUCAAUGUACCAUGGCCUUACAGCGCUGUGAACAAUGUUGCUACAGAGGAAGAAUUUUCACACCUGUUCAAAGAUGAGCUCGGGACGCUAAAGGAUGUUGAAGUAAGUCUAAGCAUGCAGGCAGGUUGUCAGCCAAGGUUUUUUAAGCCUCGCUCGCUGCCUUACGCGAUGCGCGCCAAAGUAGAGGCCGAACUCGAGCGUCUUGUAGCAACCGGAGUGCUCUCACCAAUCAAGUCUUCAAAAUGGGCAACACCCAUUGUGCCAGUUAUGAAAAAGACAAUGAUGUGCGGCUGUGCGGCGACUACAAGUUGA